CAACCGAACCUUAUCUCCUAAACAUUCAAACUCUCAUCAUUCUAUAAAAUUGUUUCUAAGAAACCCAAAACCCAACACUAAAAUGGCCACCACUCCUAGAAAGGUGUUGAUAACUGGCGUUAGCAAAGGGUUAGGAAGAGCUUUGGCGUUGGAGCUAGCCAAUCGUGGGCAUACCAUUAUUGGCUGCUCACGCAAUCAAACUCAACUUGAUUCCCUUCAAUUGGAGCUUGCUAAGCUAUCUUCCACAAACCAUUUCCUCUUCAACCUUGACGUGAGAUCCAACACCAAAGUUGAAGAAUUUGCAAAAGCCAUGGUAGAAAAGGAAUUUGUUCCCAAUAUCAUUGUGAAUAAUUCAGCUUUGAUUAAUAAAAAUGGUAAGAUGUGGGAGGUGGAUGCACAAGAAUUUGAUAAUGUGAUUGAUACCAACGUGAAAGGAAUAGCCAAUGUUAUGCGUCAUUUCAUUCCUCUUAUGAUUUCUAGCAACCAAGGGAUUAUCAUCAACAUGUCUUCAAUUUUGGGGAGAACUACACAACAACAGUGUGCACCAUAUUGUGCAUCAAAAUGGGCGGUUGAAGGACUAAGCAAAGCUACAGCAAAAGAUGUCCCGGAGGGAAUGGCAAUUGUGAGCUUAGAUCCGGGCAUCAUAUAUACCGACAUGCUUGUCUCUCUUCUCGGUGAUAUUGCUCCUCAAUAUCAAUCGCCUCAACAAUGGGCUUCCAAAGCAGCCACCAUGAUUCUUAAUCUUACUCCACUAGACAAUGGAGCAUCUCUCACCGUUGAAGAUCCAGGCACUCUGACCAAUUCUGAGUAAUUUUCUCUUUAUUUGUGUAUUUUGUAUUGUAGAAUUUUAAGCAAUAAGGCUAUUCCCUAUGCAACAAUAGUCUCAUUUCUAUUUCCAUAUAUCAUAAACAUAUUAUCAUACA